AUGCGAGAUCGAACUGCCAGCAAAGCACCAAACAGCCAAAGUGCGGCAGCAAAUCGCCAAAAUGCGGCAUCGAACAGCCAAAGUGUAUCGAGACCUGAUAACGUUACAAAAUUGCGUAGAUUCUUAGGACUUCCCAACUUUUAUCGGCGUAGUAUCCGGGGUGCUGCUGCAAUUCUUGCUCCAUUGAAUGCUUACUUGACCAGCUCUAAGAAAAAUGACAAGACUUCGAUUCUCUGGAAUCCUGACGCUGACUUCGCUUUUGAGAAAAUUAAAACUGAGAUUGACAACGUAGCUCUCCUUUUUCAUCCUGAACAUGACGCUGAAACUAGACUCAUUACCGAUGCCGCCGACUUCGGAAUGGGAGCUGCUCUCGAGCAAUUCAUUUCAGUUCUCAAAACUGAAAAAUCAUCACCGCGACAGCAGCGUCAGUUGUCCUUUGUAUCGGAGUUUUCCACUCGCAUCAAACAUCUCUCAGGAUCGGAUAAUGUUGUUGCGGACGCAUUGUCCAAGAUUGAUUUGAUCAAAUUGUUUUCUGAAAUCGAUUUUUCGGAGCGUUUUGUUUGGCCUGAGAUGCACAAGCAAAUUUCUAAGUUUUGCAAGGCAUGUCUUGAUUGUCAGAGAGCUAAGAUCUCAAGACAUAAUAUCGUCUUGCCGGCUCAAUUCGUUGCUCCUGAAUCGCGGUUUGAACAUAUUCACAUGGAUAUAGUUGGACCUCUCCCGAUUGACAAUGAAUUUCGCUAUUGUUUGACUCUUAUUGAUCGUUUCUCUCGCUGGCCCGGGGCGAUUCCAAUUAAGAAUAUUGAAGCUGCCACCGUCGCACACGCUUUUGUCAACACAUGGAUUUCUCGUUACGGUACUCUUAAAACAAUAACUACCGAUCAAGGCACUUAA